AAGAAACGGAAGUAUACAUAUCGAAGCAACGUGUACUUGGAGUAUAUAGUACGUAUCGGCAUGUAACCGAUGAGAAACAGCUGUGAUUUGCAAACGAUAUGCAGACCACAAGUGACGUUCUUUUCCCUGUUAUAGCCGAUAUGUACACCCAGUUUUCAAAGUGUGCUUAGUGUUGAGGCCAAGAUGGAUGGGACUACUUACUUAGAAUUUCUAAAGAUCGCACUUAUAUGUUUACUGUGGUAUCUCAGUAGUGCCAGCGACAGUAUCAUAGGAAAAGUGGUCUUGUCAGAUUUUCCAUAUCCUAUGACACUGACAAUGGCCCAGUUACUCACAACAUCCUUAUUUCUGGGACCUUUUCUUCCAUGUUUAGGAGCGAAAAAGAAAGGGGAAUAUGAUAGACGAUAUUUGUUCACAAUGAUUCUUCCUCUAGCUUUUGGAAAGUUCUUAUCAUCAGUGUCUUCUUACAUCAGUAUAUGGAAAGUGUCCGUAUCCUAUGCACACACAGUCAAAGCAACACUACCAUUGUUUACAUUAGCAUGGUCAAAACUCAUAUUUGGAGAAAACCAUACACCACCAGUUUACUUGAGCCUUCUACCUAUUAUCACUGGUGUUGGUGUGGCAACGAUGACCGAGGCCUCUUUUGAUUCUGUGGGACUUGCAUCUGCUUUGACAUCGACAGUUUGUUUUUCCUUGCUCACGAUUUUCACCAAAAAGUGCUUGAAGGAUACUGGCUACCACCAUCUGCAGCUCUUAAUCCUUGUCAGUCGAAUAGCAACUGCCUGCUUUGUGCCCUUUUGGGUGAUAGCUGAUCUCUGGAGGAUAAUCCAUGACUCAGAAUUUCUACACAGUGGGCGAAUCCUCCAGACUCUGAUGCUCCUCUUCUGCAAUGGUGUGUUGAACAUGAUGCACAGCACCUUUGCUUUCACUGUCCUGGCCCUCGUCACACCACUCUCCUAUGCAGUUGCCAAUGCUACCAAGCGCAUUGUUAUCAUUGGUGGCUCCAUUCUAAUCCUUCAGAAUACGGUCUCACCUCUAAAUGGUUUGGGAAUGCUGAUUGCAGUCUUUGGUGUCCUGUGCUACAAUAAGGCCAAGUAUGACGAAAGCCAAGCAGCACGAAGGGAAAAGGUUCUUCCUCUGGUUCACAGUGAUCCUAAGUUCUAUGGUCAUGGUGUCCAGCAUCUUGCUCACUCAAAGAGUGAUGCCAAUUUUUUGGGUUCUGGUUUGUCAAACGGAACAGGUGCCAGUGCCAAUGGUCAUAUCCUGCUGCAGGAAUGGCAGCAGAGUGAUGAAGGCCUUGUGCUGCUUCCAGUAGCCAGCCGUAGCUUUCCUGAGAGGCAUUUGAGGUCAUCUGAUAUCAAGCACAUACACGAACCCAGUGUGCAUCUUCACUCACGCAAUAUUUAUAAUGUCUGAAAGGAGCUACUGAGAUCAAUGAGUUACUGCAUCAGUGAUGGCAUCCACAGACUGAACACUCACCUAUGUCUUAUUUUGCCAUCUGAGUUCUAGAUGAUGGAGCAUUUGUCUUCAGGCUAGCAACAACUUUGUUCUAGUUGAUUGAACAUUUGUCUUUAGGCUUGCAACAUCCAGGUGUUCUAGUUGAAUGAAUACUUGUUUUCAGGCUGGCAGCACUUGAGUGUUCUGAACUCCUGAACAUGUGUCUUCAGACUAGCAUCGCCUUAGUGUUCUAGUUAUUUGAAAAUUUGUGACCCUCCACGACGAAAUGAGUCUUAAGAAGUGGAACAUACAGACUCCAUGCUUUCUGGCAAGGUAUAACACGAUGGGGUUAGGACAGGGAAACAGUAUCUGAAACAGCGUUUGAAUUUCGUCUGAAAUCGGUACGGAUCGCAGUAGGGUACCUCGAGUAAAGCGUAUUUAAAGUCCAAUUUCUAACUUUUAUUUUAACAUAGCAGUGUAUUUUCCUAAUAGUUUAAUAACCAAGGAAUCAAUUUUUAAAGAAAAGUUAAACUGCACAAAAUUGACCCCUAUCACCUUUUGGGGCCUCUAGCACAAAACUGAAGACUCAUUUCAUCGUGGAGGGUCACAUUUGUCUUCAGGCUAGCAGCACCAUAGUGUUCUAGAGAUCCAGAUUUAUGGACAGCAUGCUUGUUUGCUUCUUCAAUAUCUUUUAACUGCAAUUUCCUUUUUUUCUUACAUCAUUCUUUGAUAUAUCCCAUCCCAUAACACCCAAUUUUCAGAGAAUUCCAAUUCAAAGGAAAUUUGCUUUUUUCUUCGAAAAAGGAAUCAGUGCACUUUAUAGGUGUCAAGGCAAAAGUGUAUUAUUACAUGUGGAAAAAUUGAGAAAGAACUGAACAGCAUUCUCUGACUUACUGAAGAAACACGUACCUGUAGAGCAUGGUUUUGUUCUACUUCAUACGAUUGCUUCUUGGAAAGGAAGUUUUUUUGUAUAAAGAUUUCUAUGAAAACAAUAUUGUGCUUGUUGCUGGUUUCCUUUUGGUAGUUUUCCUCCCUCGUUGACAAAAUGUGGGCAGGAAUAUGCUGUGUCUUGUAUAAAAUUUACUGAUAUUUUAUUAAACCUGUUUACCUUUGGCAUAUGGAUUUUUCUCUGGCCUCAUAUGUUUAUAAUUUGAAUUUAAAUUUAUGCUUAUCAAAAUGCUUGUAGAUAAUUUUUUUCAACUUAUUUUGUCAUUGGUUAUUUUGUUUCAUUUUCUGCAGCUGGUGUAAUGAAUAAUGCACAUAAUUUCUUUAGAGAUUGGGUUUACGGAUUGUGCUUUGAGUUGUUUUGUUUUGUUUGAUAGCUAGUUCUUAUGUAGUUUGUUUUAUCUGCACUUUAAAAACAUUUCUUGCAUAAUGUUUUCCAGAUUGAAAAGUGCUGAACAGUACAGGCAAUAGGGGGCACCUUAAACAGUCACCCACUGUUUUGUGAAAGGAAGUUCCUAUUGGGUUACUCAGUAAUCAGCUCAUUGAAUUCUUUGACUACAGUUUGAUAACUUGAGCAAGGCCCUCCUUUCAUCUUCAGCCCCUCAUUCCAACUCUGUCAAAUGUUUUUUUUAGGUCAAUGAGAUCCUGCUGGUUUGUAGACCUUUUUCUAUCAGGAUGUAACAGUUGGAGAUCUGCUCAACUGUGCUCCUUCAUGGACUGAAGCCAGCUAGCAGUUCCUCAACGUUGUAUUUUGGAUGACUUUCAGCAUGACUUUGCUUGGGUGGUUGAUCAGGCUUAUGAUUCUGUAGUUUUGACACUGUCUGCCGUUUUCUUUCUUUGAAAGAGUUAUGGCUAGUGAUUGUGUCUCUUCUUUGGGCCAAAAUACUUAAUUGUUAAUCAAUGCUGUUGCUAGCUAGAGUGGUGGCAGUUCUGUGAUCAGUCAUGCUGCUGUUGAUAAUAGACUGCUCAGUGUGGAAUCUACAUGCUUUUGAUCUUUGCGAAAGGUAGUAUAGCCUACAGAGUUUUUGUGUGUAUGCACAUGUUUCGCUAAUGCAUGCAUGCUUCUGAGAAAAAGAUUGUACCAUCCACUGUAAUUUUAUAUUUAUGUUUUAUAUAUUUUAUGUUUUUAAUUCACGACUGGAAACUUUUCCUGUAAUGCUAAUCCUUUUAAUUCCUCCCAAGAACACGAUGGAACCAAAGAAGAAAUACAAUAAAUUUUUAAAACCAAGAUUUGAUUUUUAAGUCUAGUUUCUCAGAUACAUGUAAGCAUUGCUAAAAUCAUAAUGCUACAGUAACUGAACUUGUUUUGAAAUACUUAACAAGAAGAUCAUUUCACAUUUGGUACAAUAUACAGCCUUAGUACUUUUUUUAUUCAUUGAUAGAGAACACAUUUGUGUUGUGUUGAUGUGGUACUUAAGUAAAAUUUACCUAGGUAAUACAUUAAAACAAAAUUUAGGGGAAAUUUUCACAGCUGAAUAAUACAAACCUUUGUCCUACAGUUAUUUUGACCGAUUCACAUUGUGUUUCAGGUUGGUACCUUAAUUUUAAAUCAUUUUCUGUAUGUUUUACUGACCCAAAGAGGAAAACAAAAUGAAAAAGAAAAGAAACACUGAAGGUAUUAGUUGUAUAAACUAGAACUUUUUAUUCUGAAUAUUAAAAGUCACUAUAUUCUUACUUGAACAAGAUGUGUACUUUUAAAACAGGGUAGAUAAUACUGUGAUAAGUGACUGCAUCUUGAAAUUUCUAAUUGAUUACCAUUUUCUCCAUAAUUUGAUUAGCAUUUAAAAAAUUGUGCUAUUCUUAACUCUUUACAGCCAGAAACUGCAUUUACUCAGUGGUUAAGGAAGAAAAGAAUAUUACUUAACACAAGAAGGUAAAGAGAUGGUCUGUGAAACUUCUUAGCUCUCAGGAGCAGGUAAUAUGUUCAUGCUCCAUGGUAGAUUGUGGUUCUUCACUGAUCUUUUUUUUCACGACCAUUUAAAGGAAAAUCUGAUUAAUUUUCUUUUUCCGUAACACUAAUAACUCCAUAAUUGCUAAUGCUGAUACAGCAUGACAGUAAAUUAAUAGUGAGCUUGGAGAAAUAGUUUUAUUACUGUUGCUGUUACCAUCGUUGUUUUGUUGCCUUGAUUAGGAUUAUGGUUUAGGAAAUUACAAGCUAUUUUAAAAAUGUGUGGGUUUCUGGCUUUAUGAAAUAAAUUUGUAGCUAAAUCUUCCUUUUCUCUUAUAAAAAGGUGAUAAAUGAACGUUUGUGCCAAGGGAGGCUACUCUGAUUUUUUAAACCACACCUGUGAAUGUUCUUUGUAACAAGGAACACAACUGUACUGUGAAAGGCUUCAUGGAGUUGAUGUAUUUAUAAGUUAUGUCGCCAAGGGGACUUUCUUAUUUAUUAUUACAGGCAGUUUAAAAGAUAAGAGAACAUGCAAACAUUACUUUUUAUUGCUGCUUUGUUUGGUCUUUUUACUCUGUUUAAGAUGCACGGGAAGAGAUCAAGUAUGCAUUUAAUGUGAGGUUUGUGUGCUGCAUUAAAUUAAGCAUUGCAUGUAUGAAGUGAUAAGUGCGUUUGCUGUCAUGUAAAAGUUUUAAAAUUCCUAUCUGCAAAAAUUGUGGUGCUGAGCAGUUUUACUGCUAGGAGUGUGUGUGUGUAAGAGAGAAUGUUUGUUCAUGUUCCCAUCUGCCUGUAUCUGCACUUGCAAUAUUUGUUUUUAUGACUGUGUGAUACUUCAGGCUCUACAGGCUACAGAUGUUUUUGUUUUCUUUAGAUCAAAGAGAGUUUUUCAAGCUGGUGUUUUUGUUUUAUUUUAUAUUCAAGCUAUAGACAAGGAUUAUCUCCAUUUUUCUCAGGUGUUGCCAAGUUUAGAUGAGAUUUUUAAUAGUUUAAUGCAGAUUUUGUGUAGAUCACAUGUCUUAAUAAUCAAAAGAAAAGGAAUGUUUAGGUGGAUUAUUAGAGUUAUUUUAAGUUGUAAAAUCUAGACAUUGGUGUAAGAUUUCAUUUCAGUUGCUCAAUAUUGUUUUCAAAUUUUAUUUUUAGAUAGUUUCACUUGCAAAAUCUAAUGGUUUUAGGUUACCAAAUGUCUUACAGUUUUGGCUGAAUGAAUGUUUUAUUGUGUUUUUUAGGAAGUUGAUGAUUUUAGUGGGAUUAACAUGUUUAUGCAUAAUUAAUUUUCUGUGCAUUGACUUAGGUGUUGAACAUAGUACUAUACUCAAAAUUUUAAGCAUCACAUUCACUUUCAGCAUCACAAAACUUUAGAUUGAAAUUUUUCUUGCAAUUAUCUGCUUGUUUAAGAUGUAAGUACAAGGGAAGUAAGUCCUGCACAAAUGAUGAUACCAAACUCCUAUCUUUAUUGCAAAUAAUUAUGGCAAUGUGGGUUCCUUUUUCAUGAUAUCUCAUUUGAAGGGUUGUAUAUUUGCUGUAUCAAACUUUGUAUGCAAAUGCAAAAUAAUAACAAAGCAAAAUUUAUUCUAAAUGUUUACAAAGAAAUGUGUUAAAGAAUGUGCUUUAAUGUACCAAUUUGUUAAGGUAAGAUGUACAACAGUUAGUUCAAGGGGCACUGGAACUCCUGAUCUAAAAUAUCUGGAUAUUGUUCUUUUGCUUCAUCAGAAACUGCUUAUUGUGCAUUGCUGUGUACUAUAGUGAAAGGUUAAUUGGUUGGACCAUCUGUCUUAUUAAACAAUGCAAUGGCCUUGUAUAUUGCAGGCAGUGGUGAAGAAAUAAUGCAGUUGUAUAAAUUAGGUUGUUUUGAAACUAUUAACCACUAGCUAUCAUUCCUCUGCUGUGCAAGGCAACAGUAUCAGGAUUAAUCUUAAUAAUUAUCUUUACUUCUUUGUGGAACUCUUAAAGAGAUUCAUAAAAUUCAUAGGUAAAGUAACCUUAGACAUGGAACUUUGAGAUCUUCCACACAAGAUGACUAGAUACUUGUUUAAUGUAACAGAACAUUUUUUUUUUUUUGGUUUGCUUGUUCAUUUGUGUCAUUCAGGAUUUAGGAGGAGGUCAAUCUUAGUCAUAUCAUUUGAGUUAGUUACCUACUCCAAGUUGUGUGGGUUUGGUAGAUUCUGGUCUCCAACUUUGCAACUUUCACUUAUGAGUUCUUAAAAAUGUACUAUAUUAGUAUGCAUGGGCAUCUGGUUUGCUGCUGUUUUUGUCAUUUUGACCUAGACUGCAACUAAGUUCUCUCCUAACAAAGGGUCCUGUGAUAUAUAAUCUUCCUAAGCCACUGACAUAAACUGUCAGUCAUUUCUGCAAAUGGCAUGAGCGUUCUGCUACAUAUUUUGCCAGUUGCCUUCAGACAUGAAUCUGAUCUGAUGGUGAACACACUGCUCUGUGAGCUUGCAAGUAUCAUGACGGGGGUCAGGAGAGAGCACCCACCACAUUGUCAUGUACCACACAAGAAUAACACUAUAAGAAAGCGCUGUCUGACGAUGGCAAAACGCAGGCUACAGAUGGCUUUAGAACAACAUUCGAAGUCUUGCUUCGAGCUGGCAGAAGCAAAGUUUAUCAGCCUACAGGUAACUUUUAGACGCCGAAAUCAGGAACAUCUGGUCGGUGUAGAAUGUAAAGCUGUAAGCUUCUGCCUGCAAAAAGCUGCUUUGUAAACCUUCCCCCCUCCGCCUCACCUGGCAACAUUCAUACUUUAGUCAGGUUGGCGAAGUACCAGUAGUGGUCAACGCCCGAGUAGCACUUGUUGCAAGCGCUCAUCCCCGCCAGACGCACAGUCGUUUACAUGCAGCGUGCACGACACCGGCCCGGCUGACAGGCAGAUGGGACUGGGUUAGUGAUGCGUGUGCUGUGUUUGCGAAGCUUUUGUGUGGGAGGAAUAGUUUUCGCCGAGAAUAUUCCACACACCUCGGCAGCUGUGUUACGUCACAGAUCAUGAACUCCCGGCAAAGGUUUGCAGGGUGCAUGUGUGAUAAGAAGCUGCUUGCAAGCCCUGGAGGCUGGGGAACAUAAUUGAGGCAGGCUGACGUACAUCUGUCACAGAGGCCAGUUGUCUUGGGGCUAAGAUAGCAGCCGCUCACCACCCUUUAGUUUUUUUUCUUUUGGAGGGAAAAAGCUGAACGCAAGUAGUAAAAGAAUGUUCAUUGUUUCCUUUCCGAAAAAGACGAGAAAUAAGAUUGUUUUCUGCCUGUGUGUGUGUGAGAGAGAAAGCAAGAUCACAUAUGUCGCAUGUGUGUGUGUGAGAGACAUCAGAAGUCCACGUAUGUGGUGCACUGCCUGCCUUACCGUGUGAUCAUAUUCAUUAUAAAUGUCAUUGAACUGAAUGCACAAAAUUAAUUAUCCUUAGUAUCCCCCCACCAAGUUUUGAUGAUAAAAAUGUAUUGAUAAAGAACAAGUUAUGUCUGCAGGGGCGCCAUCCAUAUAUAUAUAUUGAAGGUAAGAAAGGUGAAACGCUUCAACCAUGUUGCAAAUGGUCUGUAUUUUUUUGUUUUUUUGUAAAUCUGUUUAAUCUGCGAUUGCUAGGUGUUUUUUCUCACUUUGCCGACUAGAAUAAAAAAAACAAACUAUGCUACAUAAGAGUUGAGAGGUUACAAAAGCCAGAUGUUGAGAAGAUUAGGGAAGGCGAGUGUGUCACUAGACUGCUCGGCUCUUAUUUCAUUAUACAGCCCACAGGGCAUCUUUAGCCUGUGAAAUGUGUGAGUUCUUAUGUAGAAAAGUUGUUCGAUAACUCAUGCAAUCAGCUCUAAAUUCUGUUCACAGAUUAAAAAAAAGGGGGCUAAGUCAAUUUGUUAUUUUUAAGAACUUUUUGUAUGCUGCGUUUGUUUAUGCGAAAGAGCAAAUGUGGGCAGCUGAUAUGUCUGCUGUGUGUUUCGUUAACUUUAACAGAUUUGUUUUUCCGUCUUCAUUAUAUCCACGCAUAGAGAAAUAAUUGUUGACAGUUAACAGAUUUUUUUUUCUCUCCAUUACACAUCCAUCUGCUAAAUACAAGGCGCCCCUGCGAUCCCCCUACCCACCCAACACACAAUCUUUUUUUGUGUUCGUUGUGUGUUUUCAUGGUUGCACGAUUCUAUGUAUAUAACACACGUUGCAGAUUUUCCAAAAUUUAAAUUUUGUUUUGUGAAAAUAAACUGGAUGCACGAAUUUUGCAAACUAACGAUUACAGCAGUGAGAAAACUUUUUUUUUUUACCCCAGAAAGGCGCAGACGUGGUAGUGACGAAUGAGCACGGACAAAUACAAUAGGCUCGCGAACCUUCCUGAACUGCUGAGAAUCCUACAGUCCUGGGUUCUGAUCUUGUCUUGAACACUCUGUUCUUACUCCGUAGUUGGCACUUGUGACACCUGUUCACGGGAAAGGGCUGGCCAUCUUAGGAAGUCAGGUUUCCUCACCAUUUCCUCCAAUCCACAAUUUAUCUCUAGAUGGUCAGAGGUCCUGGCAAGUAUGAGUUAGUAUGCCGACUACUAAUUAAGGCAGACCCCAAGAGCCGUUUAGUACUUUAGGAUAAUGUGCAUUCACCUUUGCCCUUUGCUGACAUCUGUCUACGUUAGGCCGACCAAGUCUGAUCGCGCUUUUGUUUUUCGUCUCUGGAAACUGAACUUGCAUCUUCCAGCUGCUGUUUUAAUAUCUUGUCCGUUAGAUGGCCAUUGGAACCGGAUUUCUCUGGAGAAACAGAAAUACGAGAUUUUCCACGUUUUGUUGUUUUAUAAACAUGUGGCUGCAUUUCUAUUAUUUUCGUCGGAAAAGACGAAAACAUCAAAAAAGAAAGAAAAAAAAAAAAAAAAAAAAACUCAGCUUCCUGACUCUGACUCCACAUGAAAAUAGGAGCUUAUGUAAUAAACAUUAAAAAAUAUAUUUCCAAAACUAAAUCCUAUUGAUUGGCACGAAUCCUCACUUUUGAAAAAAAUCAAACAUAAAAUGAGACAACCAUUUUUAUUCCUACGAAUCCUCUCAAAAUUUACAGACUAAAACGCGAUCUUUGGUAUCAUCAUCAUCAGUUUGGAAAUAAUUGUUCUGUUUCUGUGACCACGAUCAUCAAUUUUGUCAUUGACAGUUAUGGUCAUUGUAUGUUACAUCGUUUAGAGCAGUGCAAGAAUAAAUAGCAAGCACUUCAGGAUUGUAUGCACCCAAAAACAUUUGUGUGACACUUGCGUGUAGAAUUUGUAGAUACUGCUCAAAUUUGUUGACUUCUUGAUUUGUUGGUCGAUUAUAAAAUAAAAAAGAAUUCAUGGUUUCU